UCGCCUUGGUGUCGGAUUGAACUUGUUAUUAUUAUUUAAGCCGGUUAAAAAAAUCUAAAAAUGCGAUUCCUAUACGCCUGCUUUGUGAUCGUACUGUGUGCCCUGAUCUUCUGCGAAUACGUGGCAGACUUCGUGGUCCUUCAAAAGUGCAAGUGGCCUGAGAUCAAGCGGAAGAAGUAUGUGGACGAUCCGCUGAGAGCCAUGAUUCUAGCGGAUCCCCAUCUCCUAGGACCACAUCGUGGCCAUUGGCUGGACAAGCUUUACCGGGAGUGGCACAUGACGCGGGCCUUUCAGGCGGCGUCGCGUCUAUUUCAACCAGACGUGGUGUUCGUCCUGGGGGAUUUGUUUGAUGAGGGCGACAUGGUGAGCGACAAGCAGUUUCAGGAGUAUGUAUGGAGAUAUCUGAAGAUGUUUAAUUUGCCGCCGGGAAUUCCGCUCAUAAGUGUCGCGGGAAACCACGACGUUGGCUUCCACUACAAAAUGCAUCCAUUCUUUAUGACGCGCUUUGAGAACUAUCUAAAUAACUCCUCGGUGAAUCUGUAUACCAUCAAACAAAUACAUUUCGUAGUAAUCAACUCAAUGGCCAUGGAGGCCGAUGGUUGUAUGUUCUGCACACAGGCCGAAGAUGAAUUAAAGAACAUUUCGCGGACUCUGCAUUGCAUGAAGUAUCCGCUAGAGGCGGAGUGCGCGCGCACAAGACGGCAUCCAUAUAGCCAGCCGAUUCUACUCCAGCACUUUCCAACAUAUCGUAUUUCAGAUACCAUGUGCGAAGAGCACGAUGCUCCUUACAUUGAGACGUUCCGCGAGCGCUUCCACGUUCUCUCUAAGGAUGCGACUGAUAUGCUUGGGGAACUACUGAAACCUAGAUUGGCAUUCGCCGGCCAUUCACAUCACUUUUGCCAUAGUGUCAAUCGGCUCGGCAUUGAUGAAUACACGGUGGCCUCAUUCAGCUGGCGGAACAAAGUUAAUCCCAGCUUUAUGCUGGCCACUAUCACCCCUGACGACUAUGUGGUGUCCAAGUGUAAAAUGCUGCCGCAACAAUUUGUCUUCAACAGCUACCUGAGUGCUGGCAUCCUCUGCCUCAUCGUCAUCUCGUUCCAGCUGCGCAAGUAUAUUAUAAGUAGAAGGCAGUCUUCGGUCGCAGAUCACCGAAAGGUCAAUUAGUUGUACGUACGAGCGAGCCUUUACAAGGCACAUCCUCUUUUGUGAUUUACGCCUGAAUGGGGCUUAGUUUAGACUAGAUACAGCCAGAUUCCAGACUCAGAUUCCAGAUCCAGACAGUGGUCAUAUCAUUCCUGCUGCUUUGCAACCGCUUAACUAUAUUUAAGGUGUAAACAAUUCGAUCGAUAAUCUAUUUAUUGAAUUUAUCACAGACAUUAUGCUUGUAAAGUCACACGGAAUACAUAAUGAGACACA